ACCCCCCAUGAUGCUUUGCGCGUCGCUACGGUGGCUGGAUUGGGUCAUUUACACCCGGUUAGCGUUUUUUUUUUUGUUUUCGUUUUUUAAAGAUGUCGUUUAAACGGGAAGGAGACGAUAGCAGCCAGCUGAACGUGCUGAAGAAAAGGAGAGUCGCCGACCUGUUGGCCAGUUUCAUCCCGGAGGACGAGGGGCUGCUCCUUAAAAAUGGAAGGUACGCCUGCACCGUGUGUCACCACAGACCGGUCUUCGAUACCAUAGAUAUGCUGUCCGUGCACCGGAAUGGAAAGAAGCACCUAGCCUGUAUGCAGAGAUUAUAUGGGAAGAAGGCGGCACACAGAAACGAAGUCCAGAAGCGACAACACCAAGAGUACGUCCGAGCAGAAGAGGCCGGGGAACAGCCUCCGGCUCCUCUCCUGGAACAGACCAAGAAGAUUACCCAGCAUGCAUUGCUGAAGGCUGCACCAUAUAACAGCUGCUGCACCAGAAACAGGCCGAGAGAUGGGAGAAGGAAGGGCGAGGCCGAGGAGUUACCCCAAAAAUUGUCUUCUCCACAGAGCAGCUCUCCAGUAAGUCUUCAGCCUGUCCUACCCAAGACCCCAGAGGAGACGUCUCGCCCUGAGCCAAGGAGCAGCUCCACAGAUAUCGGCCGACUGUCUCAGCUGAAGAAAAAUAGGAAAAAGAAGAAUAAGAGCCAGAAAUGUGAGAAUGUUGAGGAUCCUAAUGAUGACCCUGAGAGAAGGCGAGUAAUGGAGCACUACCUGUCUAUGAGGAGUUCUGGGUGGAUACCAGAUGGUACAGGGAAGUGGGUGAAAGAUGAAAAUGUCGAAUUUGACUCUGAUGAAGAAGAACCUCCAGCAGUGUCACCGCCAUGACACAUGGUCCAGAGAUACAGUCACCAUAUACUCCAGCCUCCACCUGAGGAUGAUGGGAGGCCCCAUACAUGGCUGUGUAAUCUGCACUUCACUCCUCACCCCACUAGAGGGCGAUGUAUCCUCAAUAAUUCUCUGCUGUACUGAGGACAAAUUGGUAAAACCUGAGGGAAAUUAUGUCUAUUUAUUAUUACUGUAUAAACAUGAAGUGUGAAAUAUAUUCUGUAUAAUUUA